AUGGCCUCGAGCGAGCCGCUCGGCCCAUGGACGAAAGCCGGAAUCGGCGCGCUCGCGGGACUCGUCGAAGUGAGCUGUCAGCAGCCGCUGCACGCGCUAAAGAACUGCGUCCAGGACGGACGCCGGUUCCCGCUCGCGAACCCGAUCGCGUGGUACCGCGGAUGGCUCGCGUGCGUCUGCGUCUCCGCGCCGACGACGGCGACGCAGUUCGGCGGAGGCGCCGCGUUCGCCGCGCUCGCGUCGUCGUCGCAAACGCCGCGCGCCGACGCCGGCGCGGUCGGCGCGGCGAGCGCGUUCGCCGCCGGCGCGGCGAGCGGCGCGGCGCUCAACCCGUUCGACCUGGGCGCCAUCCAACAGCAGAAACACGGCGGGUCCCUGCCGGGGACGGCGCGACGACUGAUACGCGAGCACGGGGUCGGGGUUCUGACGCGCGGGGGGAUGGCGACGAUGGCGAGGGAGGGGACGUACGUCCUCGGGUUCAUGUGGGCGACGCCGCUCAUCGCGCGGCGGCUCGCGGAGCGCGGCGACGCCGCCGACGGGGACGUCGGCGCGUCCGCCGUCGCCGUCGGCGACCGUCUCGCCGCGUCCGUCGUCGCCGGCGUCGCCGCGAGCGUCCUGACGCAGCCGUUCGACGUCGUGAAGACGCGCAUGCAGGCGAACCUCGGGGAAGGCGGCGGCGGGGACGGGGGGUAUCGGCGCGUCGCGGCGGCGGUGUUUCGCGAGAGAGGCGCCGCGGGGUUGUGGCUCGGUCUCCUCCCCCGGGCGCUGCGCGUCGUCGGCGCGACGUUCAUCGUGUCGUCCGUGGACGCGAACGCGAGCGCGAUGGUGGCGACGCGGCGCGCGACCGCGGGGUCGUAG